AUGCAAGAGAACUCUUUUGAGAAGAACGAGCCUGCCAAAGUGCACUACCUGCUCAGUGGGACUUUUGCUGAAUGGCCAAAUCAAAGAGAGGAUGCAGCGGAGGAUUCCCCCGGCGACCUUCCCUGUCCAGAAAAGCUUGACUCCCCCACAGGGAGCCCGCCCACCGCCUCAUCAUCCAGCCUGACGGAGCUGGAAAAUUGUGUUUCCAACCUGAAUCUCGCGCAUGAGCUAGUGCUGAACAGAGACUUCUGCUUCUAACCCAGCCUUCCUACAGACAGCCUGGAGGCCAGAGUGACGGAUAUGGUACAGCGGGUGUUUUGGCACAUUCUACGGGAGCAGCUGGUCAAUGAUCCUCCAAACUACAGCCAGACUACGCUGCAGUCCGUGCUGCUGCCCCGGCACGUCAGUCUGAUGUCCCAGCUGGAGGAGGUGCUGGACAUGGAGCUGAUCCGGGAGGAAGUGGAUCACGGAGCUCUGCGCAGACUGACGGGUUACAUCAUCAACACCAUGGAGACUGUAUGUGCUCCUGAACGGCGCCCCGAGGUCAGAGCACUGAGGGACCUCCGGGACCGCGAGAGAUCGCAGAUCUUCCUGGGCCUGAUGAAGGUGGACAUGUUGAACCUCAUCAUCGUGCUCCUGAGGCUGAACCUCCUGCAGGAUACAGAGCAGUACGAGAAGGGACAUUUCUAGCAGAUCCUGGACCAGCGGCCUGAUGUUCUGGACGACACCACCGCUUGGCUUCAGGCGGCGGCAUCCGAAGAGGCUCAGUGUGACUGGGCUGACAGCCGCCCCCCCUACUAUCCGUUGCGUUUGGAUCCUUUGAUAUCAAACACGGUGCUGAUGGACCGCCUCGGCCUCGAUGCUCCGGCCCAGCGGCUGCAGCCGUCGGCCCUGGAGGCGUCGGUGCUGACCUUGACCAGCCCAGGGGAAAGAACAUGCGUUAUAAUGUCCUUUAGUUAUCACAUGUCCACAUGUGUUUUUAGGACUGUGUGCUGCUGCAGAGAGACAACCUUCCUUCCUGCUCUCUCCCCCUCCCUCGGUCAAACAGGAGAGAGGGUACAAGGCUUCCUCGGGGCGUUGCUGCAGGGCGGUCCCGGCAAAGCAAGUCCAGAGCGGCCUGCACCCCCCCGGCUGGGGAGCGCAGAGCUCACAGAGCGGGGGGCGGCCUUUGGGCGAAUCGUCCACUUCAACAGAAGCGUCUUCAGUCCCUUCUACGCUCCCAUCCUCAGGAAACUGCUGUUCCCCCCCGGGAGAGGCCAAGACCAGGGGGGCUCACGCCAGACUGAGGGCGACCCAGAACCCCCCCUGGUGAACCUCAGCAUGAGGUGCUGUUUGAAUGUUUUGUUACCGAGUGUUAAUACUGUCAACAAGUGUUCAAAGCAAAGACAUAUACAGUCUGCAGCAGAAAAACAAAAUAUAUAUUAUUAUAUAUAUCAAAAAAAGGUAUAAAUCAAAGCAUGAUCUUAACUAUUAUUGCAUUGAUGCAUCUCAAACACACAUUUGAACGCACAAAACAUUAAGAAAACAGUUGAAUGAAACAUAAUGAGUAACAGUUUUUAACCUGGACAAGAGUAGCAAGUAGUUUCAGUGCGUUACUGAAAAGAGUCAUAACACGACGGUGCUUCAGAAAUGUUUUGGAAAAGGUCAACUAACUGAAAACCAUAUCUGUAGGUUUACUUCAUCCCUCAGGAAAGGCAUCAAGUACCAAAGAUGAUGCUUAGAGUUUGUAAAUAAUACUUUUAAUAUGUAGCUGGGUUCUCUUCUUAUCUUAAUGAAGACAGACUUUUAUGACGGUGAGUACUUUUUCCUGAAUUCAUGUUUUUUGCACCUUUAGUUACUAACCAAAAACUAUACUCAGUGUGUUCCCCUUCAGUAGGUGCUAUAGGUGGAAGGUGGUGUACUAAACAGGCUCCUAUUUGUACAAAUAUGUUCCAUUCUUCGGCAGCCACGAUUCAAUCCACCAAACAAAUGAAAAAUAUAAUUAAUAAAU